AUGGCAAAGCUAGCAAAAGAUCCUGGAAUCAACGACACGGUAGCGUCGGCACCAGUAUAUCAGGCAACGCCAGGCAAUAUACCUCAGGAAAUUUGGGGACUUAUACUUAGUUUUGUCGACGAUGAGUUCACACUCUGGGUCACCUGUCGCCAGGUGUCACGCGUCUUCCGAACAGAGGCAGAAUGCGAGUUUGCUUUGACACAGCUCCCAAAACUAAGCUUCUAUUUGUCGGCUAGUUGCAAUUAUUCGAUUACUGAACACACACAUUGCUACCGCUGCGAAAUCUUUACGGAAAGUCUCCAGUGCUUUCUUCAAGAUAGCCAAGAAGUCAUAUACAAGAUCAAGAUUGACUCCUGUCUCUGCGAUAUAGAUAACAACGGCAGACCGAUAGCUGGAAACUAUUCAGGGAACCACAGUAGCUUAAGGGAGACGGUUACCGGUCUACUGGCAUAUCGAUUUCCUCAUGAUAUAAUGCCACAAUUCAAGCGUCAUAUUCAUAGAGUAGAGCUUGGAUAUUAUUUCAAUGACACGCCCCUCAAGUACACUAGCCUGGACUUUGACAACCUUACGUUAGCUUUCCGAUGGAAGCCUUUCAUGAACGACUUUUUCAAGAACAUCUCGUAUAUUCAAAAGCGCACCCAGAUCACAACACCUAUUGGUUGUCUUGCAGAAGAGUCUCUUGACCAACUUUUCGAGAGAAUCGCUGCCAAUCCAGAGUUCGAAAGGAAGAUGCUGGACGAUUGGCCAUUGGAUUAUGGGGAAGAGGAAAACCAAUAUUUCUAUGAAGCAUAUGUUGAUCGUGUGCGCCACACAUAUCCAGAGGGCCUAGUAAAGAUUAUGUUUUUGUCUUAUCCUGUACGAAUAACGAUCAUGAAACUAAACAAGACUAUAGAGGCAUGGUUCAGAAAAUUGAGGCGUUUUCUCACCCGUCGCCCGGAUCCAAACAUCCCGAUUCCAAAAAACACGGAUGCACUAUUUAAGGAACUGUUCAUGUAUCCCGGUAUGUCCCGUCCAAGAGGAAUGAAGCAUCUCAUAAGCGUCGAAGUAAGCAGAAUGGUCCGACUGAACAGGUGGAACCGGAACUGGAAGAUACUGAGAGAAUACAAACGAAAGCACAACAUCAUGUGA